GCGGGCGGAGCGGCCGGGACGGCGGUUGACUUGUUGUUCUUCCCCAUCGAUACCGUCAAGACGCGUCUGCAGGCAUCACAGGGCUUCUUGCGUGCUGGAGGCUUCAAAGGCGUUUACAAGGGUGUGGGGAGUGUAGUGGUGGGAAGUGCACCAGGAGCUGCUGCUUUCUUCUCGACGUAUGAGUUCCUCAAGCAUAACCUACCUCUACAUGGACAGCUUGCGCCGCUGAAGCACAUGUUGGCCGCUUCUGCUGGCGAAGUGGUAGCAUGCAUGAUCCGUGUCCCAACCGAGGUCAUCAAGACGCGGACACAGACGUCCACAUAUGGCGCUCGCGCAGCAUCUUCAUGGGCUGCUGCUAGGAUCGUAAUGGCUAACGAGGGCGUCGCGGGGUUUUACAGAGGAUUUGGGACGACUGUGAUGCGCGAGAUUCCAUUCACGUCUCUCCAGUUUCCAUUAUACGAACUUCUCAAGCGCCAGCUCGCAGUAUCACUCGGACGCGAGCCCACCGAGAUAGUAUCAGAAGGGAAGGCUCAAGCCCGACCAGCUCUGCACGCACAUGAGGCAGCUGUAUGCGGUAGUAUAGCUGGUGGUGUAGCUGCCGCGCUCACAACUCCGCUUGACGUUCUCAAGACGAGAGUGAUGCUCGACCUCCGAGAGCGGGGUGAAAACACGCCCACACUGCUUCAGCGCUCCGUUGGCAUCUACCGUAACGAGGGUGGACGUGCAUUGUUUGCGGGUGUAAUACCUCGUACCCUUUGGAUAUCGGGAGGCGGGGCAGUAUUCCUGGGCUGUUACGAAUGGGUGCUCGGGAACCUGCUGCUUGCCUCAUGA